GUCCUUGGGGCGGAGCGGCCGCCAUCACGCGUGCUGCGGGAGCCGGGCGAGCAUCCCCGGGAGGCGGCGGGGCCGGCGGUGAGCGGAGUCAAGACAACUGGAAGACGGAGGCAAGAACGCUAGAAGUCUCUGCUAAUAAGCAGAUUGUCAUUUGGAGUCGUGGAGAAUUCACAGUCUUUCCACAAUGGGAGAAAGGACAGAUUGUACGAAGUCGCAUAGUUCACUGGCUGAAUACAGCCCCGUCAGUAAAUCAGACAGGACAGAUCCAAGGGACAGCUGUGAAAUGCAGGAUGGAAACCAAAAUACAAUGCAACUGAAGAAAGAAAUAUCUUUGAUAAAUGGGAUAAGCCUUAUAGUAGGCAACAUGAUUGGUUCAGGUAUCUUUGUCUCUCCCAAAGGAGUUCUCAUCUACAGCAAAUCUUAUGGACUGUCUCUAAUAAUUUGGGCAAUUGGAGGGAUUUUUUCGGUCUUUGGAGCUCUCUGCUAUGCUGAACUUGGAACCACUAUUACGAAGUCAGGAGCCAGCUAUGCAUAUAUCUUGGAGUCUUUUGGGAGCUUCAUUGCUUUUAUUCGUUUGUGGACCUCACUCCUAAUUGUUGAGCCAACCAGUCAGGCGGUUAUUGCCAUCACCUUUGCUAACUACAUAGUUCAACCCUUCUUCCCUUCUUGUGAUCCUCCAUAUUUGGCUUGCCGUCUCAUAGCAGCUGCUUGUGAAUGUCUUCUAACAUUUAUAAAUUGUGCCUAUGUUAAGUGGGGAACACGGGUGCAGGAUAUAUUUACUUAUGCUAAAGUCACUGCCCUUAUUGUCAUCAUCAUAACAGGAAUUGUUAAAAUAUGCCAGGGAUAUUCAUCACAGUUUGAGAACUCUUUUGAGGGAUCCUCUUUUGAUGUCGGAGACAUUUCCCUUGCACUCUAUUCUGCCCUCUUCUCCUACUCUGGCUGGGAUACACUCAAUUAUGUAACUGAAGAGAUCAAAAACCCUGAAAGGAACUUGCCACUGGCUAUUGCAGUGUCUAUGCCAAUUGUGACUGUUAUUUAUAUUAUGACCAAUAUAGCUUACUAUACAGUCCUAGAUGUGGAAUCUGUUCUCUCUAGUGAUGCUGUGGCAGUGACAUUUGCUGACCAAGUAUUUGGUAUCUUCAGCUGGACAAUUCCCAUUGCUGUAGCUUUUUCAUGUUUUGGUGGACUUAAUGCUUCAAUUCUAGCAUCAUCAAGGCUAUUUUUUGUAGGAUCUCGAGAAGGUCACCUUCCAGAUGUGUUGUCUAUGAUCCACAUAGAGAGGUUCACACCUGUGCCAGCUCUGCUCUUCAAUUGUGCUAUGACCCUUAUUUACCUGGCUGUAGAAGAUGUCUUCAAGCUUAUUAAUUACUUCAGUUUCAGUUACUGGUUUUUUGUUGGUCUGUCUAUUGCUGGGCAAUUAUACCUACGUUGGAAGGAGCCAGAUCGUCCCAGGCCUCUUAAGCUGAGCGUGGCUUUCCCAAUAAUAUUCUGUAUAUGCACAGUUUUUCUGGUGGUAGUGCCACUCUAUAGUGACACUAUAAAUUCAUUGAUUGGAAUUGCUAUAGCUUUAUCUGGAGUUCCAGUCUUUUUCUUGGGAGUCUAUUUACCUGCAUCAAGGAGACCUCAGUUUAUCAACAAGAUUUUGGGUACAGUCACACGGAAAGUGCAGCUGCUCUGUUUAUGUGUCUUAACAGAGAUGGACCCAGAUGAAGAAAAGAAGUUGGAAAUCAAAUCCAGUUAAAAUUGCAAAGCCAUUAAAAGAAACAGCAGCGAGGAUAAAGCAAUUAUGACAACAAAAGGGAAGAGAGGAAACUGGAAAAAACAUGGAAACCCUUUCCAGUGGUCUUUCAGAAACACAAUGUGCUUACUUGCAGUUGGAUUCCCACUGCAUGCCCUCAUGUUACCCUCCUAAGCUGGCAUAUUUUCAGGGCAUGUUUUCGUUGGAUAUGAUUACCUACUCAUUUCAGGCACACAAGCUAUGCCUCAGUAUCGUUCCUUCUUCAGAAUUGGUAUUAAAAUGGUAAGAGCUAAUGGAUCAAAUUAAUUUCUGCAGAACCAGGCAGUGGAAGUAAUGCAUUUUUAAGUUAGGCUGAAAACCACUUUGACUCAGAAGACCCAAAGUCAAGUCCAGCUUAAUUCUGAUGGGUGUUUGCAUGAAAUAUUUGCUGUGCUAUCUCAGUUUUUAUCUUAGAAGACAACUGGUCACAACAAACUACCUGAUUUGUCAUUAUUAGCAGAAAAAUGAAUAAAGUUGUGCUAAACUA